GAGCAGCUACCGACAUGCAAUCGACGCCCCAGCACGACUCUGCGCCGCAAGCCGGCAGCUACAACAGCGACGCCGCGGGCCUCACGCUCGGCAAGUGGGAAGCCGGCAUCUUCAGCUGCUUUGACGCGCUCGUGCCCAACUGCCUCAUGGCGACCUGCUGCCCGUGUGUGUCAUUGGCGCAGACCACGCACCGCCUCGGCUUGUACUCGUACAGACGCGUGCUCAUGGCGUACGGCGGUCUCUGGAUCUGCAUGAUGCUCUGCUCCGUCUUGGCCGGCGUCUCGUCGCUCUUCUCGAUCGUGCAGCUCGCCUUGUACGUCGUCGCGUUCGUGUACCUCUUCCAGAUCCGCACCAAAGUCCGCACGUUGCUGCAGAUCCCGGGCACGCAGGCCGAAGACUGUCUCUACUCGUUCUUCUGCGGCUGCUGCUCGCUCGCGCAAAUGGCGACGCAGGCGAAAUCGUACGACGUUGGUCAGUGCUCGUUUGGCGCCAAGGACACGCUGCCGGCGUACAACAUGGCGUAAGGUAGUGCUAGGAAAAGACGUUUUGUGUUUGAAUAUGACUAUUUUGCUGAACUAUUGCA